GGCUCUAUCCCACGAAAGGACUGGGUGCGCCCCAGAACGAGGACGCGGAGCUUCCCUGUUCCAAGCAGGAACAGACUGAGAAAAUCCAAGAAAGAAGGCCCGAGGGGCUGCUGUGGCCCCAUCCUCCUGGCACCCGCGGCCCGGGCUCUGCGACGCCUUUCGCCCCACCUGUGGAAGCAGCGAUGCCUGGCGGAGCCUGGGGGCUGGUGAUCGCGUUGAUGUUCCUGGCCCGGGGGGAAGCUCAGGAGUGCUCUCCUGGGGGACACCAGUUUCUUCGGAGUCCUUAUAGAAGUGUCCAUUUUGACUCAUGGCACCUCCAGCAGUCAGCUGUUCAAGACCUAAUAUGUGACCAUUCCCUCUCCCCCGGAUGGUAUAGAUUUCUCAUCUUUGACAGACCUGCCGAGAUGCCAACCAAAUGUGUUGAGAUGAACCAUUGUGGAACUCAGGCCCCCAUCUGGCUGUCUCUGAGAGAUUCAGAAACACUGCCAUCUCCUGGGGAGAUCAAGCAAUUGACAGCUUGUGCAACAUGGCAGUUUUUGUUCAGCACUACAAAAGACUGCUGUCUCUUUCAAAUCCCAGUGUCUGUAAGAAACUGUGGGAACUUUUUUGUAUACUUACUACAACCAACUCAGGGAUGUAUGGGCUCCUGUGCGGAAGCUAUUUCUGAUGCACGAUUACACCCAUGUGGUUCUGAUGAAACUGAAAUAGGAGGUGAUUGUGUUCGUCAGCUGACUGCCUCAUUGCCAUCUCCACCUGCAGGAAGGCCAAAGGUUCUGGUGGAGUUGAUUGAGUCCAGGCUUUUCUGUAGGUGUUCUUUUGAUGUUCCCCCUACAAAAAACUCAGUGGGAUUUUACAUAGCUUGGUCUAGGCUUUCUUCUCAAGAAGUCAAGGAAGAGCUGAAACAAGAGACCACAGUUCAGGCAUUCUCUCUUUUAGAACUUGAUGGCAUAAAUCUCAGACUUGGAGACAGGAUAUUCUGCAGCGCUUCUGUCUUUUUCUUGGAGAAUCCUCAUGUACAAAGUGUAGCCAUCGAAAGCCAAGAAUUUUUUGCAGGCAUUAAGCUGCAGCCUGAAUUGAGCACUAUAUCAGAGGAUGGGAAAGAAUACUACCUGAGGAUAGAAAGCACAGUUCCUAUUAUUUGUUCUGAAUUUAGUGAGCUUGAUCAAGAAUGCAAAAUCUCAUUAAAACUGAAAACUAUUGAUCAAGGUAGAGAACACCUAAGAUUAAAUUUGGCACUGUCUUCCUGUCAUGUGGAUCUUCUCCAGACAUCUUCCUGUGCUAAUGGAACCUGUAGCCACACUUUUGUGUACUACACUGCUGUCACAGAUUUUUCUCGAGACGGAGAUAGAGUUACAAACAUUGUAGUGCAACCAAUAGUUAAUGAGGAUUUCCUGUGGAACAACUACAUUCCAGACAGCAUCCAGAUCAAAGUAAAGGAUGUCCCAACUGCUUACUGCUAUUCAUUUACUGACCCGCAUAUAAUUACAUUUGAUGGCAGGGUAUAUGAUAAUUUCAAGACUGGAACAUUUGUGCUUUAUAAGAGUAUGUCACGUGAUUUUGAAAUCCAUGUACGUCAGUGGGACUGCAGAAGCCUUCACUAUCCAGUGUCAUGUAAUUGUGGGUUUGUUGCCCAGGAAGGAGGUGAUGUAGUUACUUUUGAUAUGUGCAAUGGUCAGCUACGUGAAUCACAACCAUAUUUAUUCGUAAAAAGCCAAGAUGUAACCAGGAAUAUCGAGAUAAGUGAAUCUUACUUAGGAAGAAAAGUCACAAUCUGGUUUUCUUCUGGGGCAUUCAUCCGUGCUGAUCUUCGUGAAUGGGGCAUGAGUCUAACGAUCAGAGCCCCUAGUGUAGAUUACAGAAACACUCUGGGACUUUGUGGAACCUUUGAUGAAGAUCCAGAAAAUGAUUUCCAUGACAAAAAUGGGAUCCAAAUUGAUCAAAAUUUUAACAAUUAUGUUGCUUUUAUUAAUGAAUGGAGGAUUUUACCAGGAAAAAGCAUGUUUGACACACUGCCAAUUUCUAUGACAUCACCUGGAAAGCCAUCCUAUUGUAGCUGUUCAUUGGACACUGCAGCGUAUCCGUCUUCUGAUGAUCUGGACAGUGUUUCUCAAUCAGAAAUCGCCUUGGGUUGCAAAGACCUCAAUCAUGUCAGCUUAUCUUCUUUGAUACCAGAACUAGAUGUCACUUCUGAAUAUAUUAAUUCAGACACUCGUGUCAGAGAGGUAAACAAGCGUACAUCUCCAGAAGAAUAUAAUCUAAAUUUAUUUCCACAAGAAAAAAAACACAUAAACCUGACUAAACUCGGCUUAAAUGUACAAAAACAUCCUGGAAAUGAGAAACAAGAAGCAUUACAAUAUUUGGACAAUAGGAAAUAUACACAAGGCCAGGGAAGCCACAGCCAAGAAAUGAGGUACAAUCGAGAAAACAGAUGGAAACGGCAAAACUUUUAUGAGUUUCUUCCUUUGUUUGCUUUCCCGAGUCUCAGCCAAACAGAUCUGGAAGAACUUACUUAUUUUUUCCCAGAGGACCAUGCUGAGGAUGUACAGCAAGAGUAUUUCCCCUCUUGGCCCACACCCUCUGGCCUCACCGAGUAUAGCACCUUGACCCUCUGUCAGCAGACUCUAGCCAACUCCAGCAUAGGAAGGCUCUGUCUUGCUUUUCUUGGCAAGAGAGUAGACAGUGUUAUAGAUAUAUGUGUGAAGGAUGUUCUGUUAAAAGAUGAUCUUAGCUGGGCAGAAGCAGGUGUGGCCCUUUUAGAAAAUGAAUGUGAAAAGAGGAUUGUGGAGGAGGGGAAAUAUAACACAGAAGAGUAUGGCACAUCAAUUGAAGACAUUCUCUUAGUAUUAAAAUGCCCCAAUUUAUGCAGCGGCAAUGGGCAGUGUAUGGAAUGGGGGUGUGUGUGUUUCCCAAACUUUAGUUCCUAUGAUUGCAGUGAUUCCUAUGACAAAGCUCCUGAAAUUAUAGAGCUUGGGAAUGCUGGAUUCUGUGAUGUUCAAAAAUAUAAUUGUAUGAUGGUGAGAGUUUUUGGCAAAGGCUUCAAAGAAUUACCUUCAAUUAAAUGUGAAGUUACUAAGCUACAGUAUAAUAGCAGUGAAUGGAUGCCUGGAGAACCCAUCUAUACACAGACUGUUUUCCAAAAUAGCAGAGCUGUUGAUUGUCAGCUGCCCACUGAUGUUCAGCAGUUUGAUACCAUGGAUCUGGUGGGUGGGAAACCAACUGGGAAGUGGCAGUUGAAGGUAUCUAAUGAUGGUUAUAAAUUCAGUAAUCCCAAAAUAAUGGUCAUAUAUGAUGGUGCUUGCCAAGUUUGUGGUCUCUAUAAAAAUGACUCAUGUACUAUAAAGGAAAAUGUUUGCAUUAUUGAUGGACUCUGCUAUGUUGAAGGAGACAAAAAUCCAACCAGCCCUUGUUUGAUUUGUAGACCCAAAACUUCAAGAUUUACUUGGUCAUUUUCAGAAAACAACCAGCCCCCAGUGAUUCAAGCACUGCAAGACAAAUUACAGACAUUUUAUGGUGAAAACUUUGAGUAUCAGUUCGUGGCCUUCGAUCCAGAAGGUUCUGACAUCCAUUUUAUGUUGGACUCUGGUCCUGAAGGGGCAAGUGUUUCCUCUGCAGGGCUUUUCAUGUGGAAAACAGAUUUACUAACUCCCCAACAAUUUACUCUACGCCUUAAUGAUGACUGCAAUGCUGAAACUAGAGUCACGAUUGAGGUGACUGUGAAGUCUUGUGAUUGCUUGAAUGGUGGAUCAUGUGUGUCUGAUAGGAACUUUUCUCCAGGGAGUGGAGUGUACCUGUGUGUCUGCUUGCCUGGCUUCCAUGGCAGUCUUUGUGAAGUGGACAUUAGUGGGUGCCAAUCCAACCCUUGUGGUCUUGGCAGCUGUGUUAGUGGUUUUCACAGCUAUUCCUGUGAUUGCCCACCUGAGCUCAAAGGCAAAAAUUGCCAGGAAGAUGUUGAUGAGUGUGACUCCAAGCCUUGCUUUGAGGGAGUAGAAUGCCUGAAUACCUUUGGUUCCUAUCAUUGUGGUUCAUGUCCAAAAGGAUUUUAUGGGGAUGGAAAAAUAUGCCAUGUUGAAACACAAUUUUUAAAUAAAUUUACUACACAAACUGUGGUUCUCACAAGAUCCGAUAAAAGUGUAAAUAAGGAAGAGGAUGAUAAAAAUGCCCAAGGGAGAAAGAGGCAUGUUAAGCCAACAAGUGGAAAUGCCUUCAGUAUAAAUUUUCAGUCACCAUCAACAGAAUAUUCACUAAUUGGUACAAGAUUUACUCCCACUCCUGCUACUAUCAAAAAGUUAUCGAGCACAACUAACAACAUCUCCCGCUCAUCACUGAAAUUAAUUACAGCCCAAAUGGAUAAUUCAAUAAAGGCUAUUUCUCAUCAGAUAUCAGAUUUUGAACAUGUGGAUCGUAGUCUCAGUACGAAUCUCAGUCUGGAAAAGUUUGGAUCAACCAAAAUAUCACCUUGUGCUGGCUCGCCUUGUUUUCUUGGUGUUUCCUGUGUGCCAAGCUCAGAUGGUCACUUCAAAUGUGGACGCUGCCCCUUUGGGUAUUAUGGAGAUGGUAUCAAUUGCAGAGCCAUUUGUAAAUAUCCAUGUGGAAAAAGUAGGGAGUGUGUUGCCCCAAACAUCUGCAAAUGUAAACCUGGUUACAUUGGUUCUAACUGCCAAACUGCUCUUUGUGACCCUGACUGCAAAAACCAUGGAAAAUGUAUUAAGCCUAACAUUUGUCAGUGUCUUCCAGGACAUGGUGGAGCAACCUGUGAUGAAGAACAUUGUAACCCACCUUGUCAACAUGGUGGUACAUGCUUGGCUGGGAAUCUCUGCACUUGUCCUUAUGGUUUUGUAGGACCAAGGUGUGAAACAAUGGUUUGUAACAGGCACUGUGAAAAUGGAGGCCAGUGUCUUACACCAGAUAUUUGCCAGUGCAAACCUGGCUGGUAUGGACCCACCUGUAGUACAGCUUUGUGUGACCCUGUUUGCCUCAAUGGUGGUUCGUGUAAUAAGCCAAACACUUGCCUCUGUCCAAAUGGAUUCUUUGGGGAACACUGUCAGAAUGCUUUCUGUCACCCUCCCUGUAAGAAUGGUGGCCACUGCAUGAGAAAUAAUGUGUGCGUCUGUCGUGAAGGAUACACUGGUAGGAGAUGCCAAAAAAGCAUCUGUGAUCCCAUGUGCAUGAAUGGAGGAAAAUGUGUGGGACCAAGCACUUGCUCUUGUCCUUCUGGUUGGAGUGGGAAACGAUGCAACACACCUGUCUGCUUGCAGAAAUGUAAAAAUGGUGGUGAAUGCAUUGCACCCAGCAUAUGUCAUUGUCCUUCCUCCUGGGAAGGAGUGCGGUGUCAAAUACCAAUUUGCAACCCAAAAUGUCUUUAUGGAGGCAGAUGCAUAUUUCCCAAUGUGUGUUCCUGCCGCACUGAAUACUCUGGAGUCAAAUGUGAGAAGAAAAUACAGAUAAGACACCACUGAGUAGCAUCAAGUAUAUGAAUUACAAGCCUGUAUCUUAAUGGAAAUGUUUGUUCAGAAAAAGUUGGAGAUAACUUGAAGUUUAUUUGAACAUCAUUCAAAAAAUAUCUUAAAGACUGAAGAAACUAAUAAAAUACAUAAUGAUCUCAGUUGUAAUCAUUAGAGAAAAGCAAAGAAGAAAUCCAGGUAAUCUAAAUUUGAUGUUGAGAUGGGAUAGGAUAUUUACAUAUUGAGAUGAUGUAUCUGAUAUUCCAUCCAUUCACAAUAUUUAAUGAACUGAAUAUCUUCUUAGCCCUAACUGUGACUAUGUCUGCAUCAUUAGGAGUCAGUCAGCCUAAUGGACACCACUUGAUAUCAUCUGAUAGAUGAUGCUUAAUGCGGAACAAGGGGCUCACAGGACUAUUUGAAGAAUGGGGAAUGAGGGUUGGGAGCUAGAGGUUAGGAAAGCCACUGCUGAUCAGAGUGGGUAAUAAUGAAGACGUUAGCCCGAAGCUCCAAGCAGGUUCUUUUCAGAGGCUUUCCUGGAGCUGCUAUAAUACUUGAGAAUCUUUAAAAAUUACCACCAACUGUCUCAGGCAAAGUGGGUUAUUCUCAAAAUUUUGCUAGAAAGCCACUGUGAAUUUCAUCUUUCCAAGCAUCAAGCUGCAAACACCUCUGAAAAGACUGAUGGCUUCCUCUUCAUUUCCACCUUCUGACUCUCCAGCAAAUUUUUCUCAUUGGCAAACUCUGACUCAGAACCACACAGAUAUGUGGAUUCUGAAAAAUGUAAUUCCCAGCCUUACAAAAAAGUGGCAGUGGUGUCCUGGGCCCAAAAGUGAGAAAACAAACACCAGACAUGCUAAAAGGUCUGCAUCUGAUUGCUCUUCCAUCUUUCCAUUUUUUUCUGUACCAUAAUCCAUUUUGGUAUAUGAAUUGAGAGAGAUGAUCACAAAACCAAAUCCUUCUACAGAUAUCACAAGAAAAGUGUAUGUGGAUGCUUAAUAAAAACAAACUUAAAUUACAAUACAUGAAUAGUUGGGGAAGUGGGUAACAACAACAGGGAAUACACAUAUAAUUAAAAGAUUUGCCUCAGAGACCCAAAUAAUUGCAAGUUACCUGGGGUUAUAAAGUUUCCUUUUUCCUGCUAUCUCAUAUUUUACCUCAGACAUUUCAUUUGACUUUCAGAAAACAUGUUAUUUUAAUUUGAACACAACCAUCUUAAAUCAUAUAUUUACAAAUCAUAUAUUUACAAAGGCCCAUUUUUUUUUCUUUUAAGUAGAAAGAUUGAGCAUUCAUUCCUAAGCCAUAUCCAACCUGUAAGAUAAAGUAAGACACGAUCAGAAUAAAAGUAUUGCUACAUUUGCUAAGGACUCUUUAAGUAUUAACAUCCAAUGUCAGAAUUAAAGAGUUUUUAAUUUAUCAUUUUAUAUUUACUAAAAGGUGGUUUUAAUAGAUUAAUUAGGAGAACAUAAUAUAAACCAAAAAUAAAAUUCAAAGCCUCCCAACCAAUAGAAAGGACUCUUCUCGAGUAAUUGAAUUCCAAAGUAAACCUGAAACAUCGGUUCAGGACAUCAUGGGAAUGGAUGGUCAGACACGCCUCAUUAUACCCUCAUCCCUUUGGAAUUCAGGCACGACCCACCAGCAUUAACAUCAAGACAGAGACCUUAAGAAUAACCAAAGCAGACUUUUUGUAGCAAUAAGAUAGUAACAUGACAGAUAACAAGCCCUGAAAGAAAUUCAAGUAUUUUACCCUAAAAUAUAUUUUUUGACAUAUUUUGAAAUGUCCCUGCAAAGCUGUCUCUUUUGGGGAAAAUCUACAUUCUGUAGAGAAUCCCACCCCUUUCCAGGUCUUUUUCCUGAUCCAGGAGAGAAUACACAAAGAGUUUGGCACCUUUUUAAGCCUGAUAAGAAACAUCUGCAAUCUCUUCUCUCUGAAGCCUCCUACCUGGAAGCCUCAUCUGCAUAAUAAGAACCCCUUGGUCUCCACAACCCCUUAUUUUAACCCAGACACUCCCUUCUUCUGAUUCUGGGUCUGUAGAUAAACUCUUUCAACCAAUUGCCAAUGAGAAAAUUCUUGAAUCCACCUAUUAUGUCUCCCUAAAACAUAUAAAACCCAGCUGUAGCCCGACCUCCUUGGGCACAUGUUCU